AUGCGUAGUUAAUGCUGCCAACUUGAAAGUUUUUCAAAACAAAUUUUCUCCGACAUUACGGAUUACGAAAUCUAAGGAUUUUAUAAUCAAUUCUUACAUCACAACGAAGAAUUUUCUAUCUGAAAUCGCUACAGGGAAAUAAAGGAUGUCGUCACAAGUAGUGACGCAAUCCAGUACGCAAUAUGCGAUGAAAAAGAGGAAGAAGCCGAAACCUAGAACGAAAACACCGGCACCUGCACCAGCCAAAUCCAACCCCAGCAAGAGACACAGGGAUCGUUUGAACGCAGAGCUUGAAAGAUUGUCGCAACUCAUCCCACUGCCUCAGGAUGUUGUGAACAAGUUGGACAAACUCUCGAUUCUUCGUCUUUCCGUGGCUUAUUUGAGAAACAAAAGCUAUUCAAAACAUGUCGACGUCGAAGAAAAACCAGAAAGCAAAGCUCUGCUAUCGGUUAACCGGAGUCAACCAAAUCCGGCUGUUGAAUUAUCGGAGUCUGAACUCGCGUUACAAGCUCUUGACGGAUUCAUCAUGGUCGUCACCCAGGACUUCAACGUUCUCUACAUCACUUACAAUGUACAAGAUUGUCUCGGAUUCCCCCAGAGCGACGUGAUGUACCAGUCAAUGCUAGAUCUAAUUCACGCUGAUGAUCGUAAGCAAUUUAUGAAGCAAAUGUUAAUCAACCCAAUGGAAGAAAUAGUCGACAACCCGCCCGAAGAAGGCGAUCCGCCUGCCAUACCUGAUUACGUAAAGCAUGGGCUUUCCCCAGAGAUGGUGAAAGAAUGGUCAGGAGAUGGCUUACUUCAUCGUUCAUUCAUUUGCCGUUUGAGAUGCCUUCACGACACUUCAUCAGGAUUUCUUGCCCUACAUUUUACUGGACAUUUGGCUCUCGUUCCUGGACAAAACCGUCGAAGCGAAAACGGGACUUUGCUGCCACCAGAACUGGGUCUUUUUUUACUGGCAUCCCCCCUUCACACCCCCUCAAUAUUAGAAAUACGGACAAAAAACUACAUUUUUCGAACGAAACAUAAACUAGACUACACUCCAUUGGGAAUUGAUCAAAAGGGCCGCAUUGUUCUUGGCUACACAGAGAAGGAACUGAGGCAACAAUCGGGAUACCAGUUCAUACACUCAGCAGACAUGAUGCACUGCGCUGAUGCCCACACGAAAUUGAUGAGAAAAGGUCAGAGUGGUUUGACAGUGUUUCGUCUCCUUCAUCGAGCUAACCGAUGGCAGUGGGUAACGGCAUCUGCUAGACUUGUCUAUGCCAAAGGAAUACCGGACUGCAUUAUAUCAACUCAUAGGCCGAUCACCGAACAAGAAGGCGAAGAGCAUCUUAAAAAACGGAGCCUCGCUUUCCGAUUCGAUUUCACCGGGCAUGCGUCAUUAUACGCAUCAGUGAAUCCAAUCGGCGGAGGACCCCCACCAUCCAACAGCAACCGUUCGUACGGCUCUCCUCCAGAGGCAAAACCAAACAUCCCAAGUUCAGGAGCUAAGAGGCAAAGAAUGUCGAAUGGAGUUCGCCAGGCUGAGAUCGACCCUGCUACUUUAUGGGGUGCCCAAUCUUUUCAAACCAUGGAAAAUUACCCCGAAGGUCUCCCGAUUAUAAAAUCCAUCGAUUCGCCUAUCAGCGCGCAGUACAACGAACCCCCGGGCAUAGUUAAAUCAGAGAUGAAUGCGUACAGCUCUGGAAGUGAUCUGGGCUACCUGAAAGCUGAUAGUGCAGUAGAUUCUACCGCUUCGCCUAACUAUUCGACAGAUAGUUACAGCCCAAAUAAUGCAAAUAACAAAAUGGGAACUCCCAAUAGCGGGAACGGAGACAGUGGAUACUCCGACACCGAUUGGCAGUUCUCACCAGCCUACAACAGAGUGCUUGAGUCGCUUUACGAAGGGGAAGCCCCUCAAACGGAACCUCCCCCCUUGCACCAUCCCCCCAUUUCCGAAUUUGACAUCCCCAAGACAGGAUUUAACUCUCACCAAGCUCAGCCUGCAGCCUAUAACCCGAAUGCUGAAUUUUCAAAUCGUCAGUACGCUCAAGAAUCACAACAGGCUGGAAUGCAGUCCAGGGGUUGGGCUCAGGCUCAAAAUCAGCAGCAAGCCAUCCCGCAGCAGCUAAUGAGACCCCAAAUGCCCCAACAAGGAAUGGUUCCCAACGGAGCGGGAGUUCCUCAAAUGCACCACACUCCAAAUCAGCAAGCCUACAAUCAGCAGCAAGGCUACAAUCAGCAGCAGGCUACAAGCCUGAGACAGACAGCAGAACAGCCGCAUACUGUACAGAACGGAAAUCAUAAUCAGCAGCAGUUCCAGCCACAGGCUCAACAGCAUAACAUCUACCCUCAGGCUAACCAUCAAAUUCCGCAGCAGCCUAGGCCUGUGCAGCAGUUACAGCAAAAACAGCAGUACCCUCAAAAUCAGCAUCAGCAACAAACGUCGUAUUCGUCCACUCAAAGCCUCGUGGAUCAAGUGCAAACCCCUAAUCAUUACAACGGAAUACAGAACUAUCAUAGGCACACUACGUCAGUACCUAAAGAAAACGUUUCAAUCCUUAACGCACUAGAAAUCAGCUCCACUAUUUCCCAAACAGCGGACGCACAAAAAGAACGCGAAAUGCAGGAGAUGCUGUCAAUGAUCGGGCCAAAUAAUCUUAAAGAGAACACGGAUCAAUUUGAAAUUAGCUUGGAAUGCCAGGAAACGACGAUUCAGUUUGAUAUGGACAGGAUUGCUGCCGAGUACCAGACGUUAAAUCCGCUAGGUGUCAUCCAAAAGUACGUUCAGAAUAACCCGACGGACGCCCUCGCCAUAGCAACAGGAAACAUGCCAGAAACGGGAGCGGGGAGGGGAAAUGGGAUUCAUCGCGUCCCUCCGAACACACCAGCUAUGGGCGGACAAUUCGAUCAAUACAACAGCUGCCAAUAUGACCAGGCUACAGGAACACAGAACGGCCAAUUUGAUACAGCAUAUAUGGGUCAGCAGUCAAUGAACCCUCAAAACAUGAUGGGGGGCCAGAACUCGACACUGACCCAUCCAGAUAUGCAAAGUAACCCCCAAUUCAGAGAAAAUGUCCCGAAUAUGGGACAUAAAGGUUUCGUAUUUAAACAAAUUCCUAACCAGCCAGUGAAUAAAACUGUUCCUGAAAUGGGGCCGGGAAUUAACCAACAAAUGGGGCCAAACAUGGGUCAAAAUGUCCCGCGAAUGGGGUACACAGGUAUGGCAAUGAACUUCCCCCAACAACCCAGUCUGGGUAACCAACAAAAUGUCGUUAAUAUUAAAAAGGAAGAACAGGACUUAGAUUUCAGCAUUGAAGACUUACUAUCGCUUGAAUUACCUAACAUAUAAGGAGGGGGAUUACCCUAAAGUGCCACAGAAUGAACCUGCUUAGACCGAAUUGCGCCCGACUAAGCAUACAUUACUUGAUUGCCCGGAUUUAAGCCAAUGGUGCAUUAUAUACAUGGUUCCUUCACUUCAAACUUAUCACGUGACUGUUCCGGGUCAAUGAAGACGCGAGAUAUAAAUAAAUAUACUUAUGAAGCAACAAUUAGCAUUGUGUUAUCACAGAUAUGUGAGCUUUGGACAUUGUGACGUAUAUAUUUACUGCUACGUGGGAAUGAUGUAAUAAUCGAUAAAAUGCGACAAUUGAUUUUUGCCUUCAAAAUUUCGAUGAGGUCAUAUUUUUGAUGGCGUCACAAUGCUUUUAUUAUUGUUGCUGACCAAUUUAUGAAAUGGUGCUUUUUCUAUUAAAAUUUAUUUUCUUGAAUUUUAUUUUGCUUUGGAGGUUUGUGAUGUAACAUUUUCUCGUGAUUUGGAAAGUUUGUGACGUAAUAAUAUUCCAGUAGAAAAUCCUAUUCUUGUUUUCAAAAUUUAAAAGUGGAAAAAACUGUUUAUAUCUAAACGCUUCUUACCGUAAAUUUUAGAAUGGUUGAAAUUAUAUAUCAGAUUCAUUCAGCAUUAAAUGAAACAUUUAAGUUCAAAAUUAUUUGUUCAGACAAUUCCAGUAAACGUCCGCGAUGAUACUUUUUACAUUUUUCGUCCAAACUGAAAUAAAUCUCGAUUUUUUAACAUGAAAGUGCUUUUACCGAUAUUAUAUUUCAUAUUUUAUAAUUAUUUUGUAAUUUUAUUUUAAAACACUAUAAUUUUAAAAAUGCUCGUGAAUAUGACGUAAUGAAUAUGACGUCAUCAAUCCUUAAUAAUCACGACAUUGCAUUUUUAAGAUUAUAAAUUUAAUUAUCGAGAAAGUUUUUCGAAAUACUAAUUACGUCAUCAAACAUGACGCCAUCUCGCCUUAAUAAACUCGUAAAACAAAACCAUUUGAUGACGUCAUAUAUUCAUCAGACGACAUGAUGACAUCAUACAUUCGUUUGAGAUCAUAAUGACGUCAUGUAGUGAUCCGCAAUUACGAUGACGUCAAAUGUGCGAUGACGUCAUAUAUAUUGAUCAAAAAUUAUGAUGACGUCAUAUUUUGAUCAGAAACUUGAAAACUUUUAUUCUCCUUUUAUUAAGUAAAUUUAUUUUUUCUUAUAUGUAGCUAACAUGUUCCAAUUUUUGUGCCUUAUGACAUAAACAAUAACAUUUUGAACAGAAUUUCUGCGGCGGGAAAUGCUGAAAUCACUUUGGACAUAAAUUAUUUGUCGGAAAAAUGACUUCAAAGCAUUUUUUUUAAUAGAAACAUAGAUUGGAAAUACAAAAUCAAUUUGUUUUGUUGAUUUGCGAAAUUGCUAAUUCAAGAGUUUUUUCAUAAUUCAGAGCCACACCCAAUCCACGCCCCCAGUGCCUUAUUUUACUCUUAAUAAAGACCAGUAAAAUUAACCGCUUUUCUCGUUAACAUAAAUGCAAUAAAUGUUGCUGUUGUUAAAACACUUUUAUGCAGUAAUACUUUUUUAAUUUGCAAUGAAUACUUUCGGAAGUCAUACUUCCAAGUGAUCAAGAACUACAUAAUCAUCCAGUGACGUCACCAGUGACGUAAUAACUGACGAUAAUUCAAAAUUCUUGAGAUGGUGAAAUAAUACAAUGGACUCUUAUAGAUGAUUUGGAAUCGUUUAAUAUUUAGUUAAUUAGCAUUGGUUUUGAUGACGUCAUAUAAUUUAUGACGUAUAUUACUAAAUCAGAAUCACUAUGAAAUCAUAGAGGAAAAAUAACAAUGUUCCGAUAUCACUUAUGUCGAAUCUAACACAAACCGAGUCCUCAACAAAUAUUCAUGUAGCUUAUGACGUCAUGGUUUACUCUGACGUCAUAAAUUGAUGACGAUAUAACUAAACGAGCUUGAUUAUCUACAUUACAUUCUUCUGACAGUAAUGGCUGCACGAUCAGCUGCUCAUCUGCUGCGAUGGAUUUUUUCUUUAUUAAUGUAAAUAAAAAUGUCGGAGUCAAA